ACAGACUCUGGACUAAGACCUGUGGGGACUCUAGGGGAUUCCAGAUGAUCAUCCGAAACGAGAGGAGAUGGACCAGGCUCGGGGCCGCACACUGGACUUCGGGGUUAAGGUAUUGAAUAUUUAGACCAUAAUUUCAGUGUAAGCUCUUAUAUAUAAACUCACUUCUGGAUCUCGGCUCUAAUCACGGCGGCUGCACCCAGCAGAACUGAUAAGCUGAAGGGCAAAAUCAAUACCUGGACAAUCUGAGCGCACCACUCGUAACCAUGAAUGGGGAAAUGGAGAUAGCAGAUGAGAAAGACUGGAGUGAACUUGAACCUAACUACCCCGUCAAAAUCUUCCUGACGGUCUUUUAUAGCCUCAUCCUGGUGACGGGUAUCGUGGGUAAUUCAGUCACUAUCAGGGUGACACAAGUGCUGAACAGAAAUGGCUACCUUCAGAAGAACGUGACCGACCACAUGGUGAGCCUGGCGUGCUCCGACCUGUUGGUGCUGCUCAUCGGCAUGCCGGUGGAGCUCUACAGUGCCAUCUGGUUCCCAUUCACAUCCACAUCAGGCAACGCUUCCUGUAAGAUCUACAACUUCUUGUUUGAGGCCUGCAGCUACGCUACCAUCCUCAACGUAGCCACGCUUAGCUUCGAGCGCUACGUGGCUAUCUGCCACCCCUUUCGCUUCAAAGCCCUGGGUGGCAAACGUACCUCUGCCCUUAUCACCUUUGCCUGGCUGGUGUCCGUACUCGUGGCCCUGCCGUUGCUGAUCGCCACGGGAACACAGGGCCACAUUCCCUUCCGCGCGGAUACGCCCGUCCAGAAUCUGACCUUCUGCACCAAUCUGAGGGAGCGCUGGGUGAUGUACCGGGUCAGCCUCUUUGUGGCUUUCAUUGUCUACAUGAUGGUGGUGAUCUGCGUGGCCUUCAUGUGCCGAGCUAUGAUCCUGGUCCUGCGGAGACCUAUGGGUUCCCCGGAUGGAGCGACCGGUGGAACUCUAGGAGGACCCAAGCAUGAAAGUUCGAAGGUCAAGAUGGCCAGGAAGCAGACCAUCAUUUUUCUUGGUCUCAUCGUGGGAUCCUUGACGGUCUGCUGGCUUCCCAACCAGAUUCGUCGCCUUAUGAUGGCCGCCAUACCCAAGUCGCACUGGUCAACUUCCUACUUCCAGAGCUACGUCAAACUUCACCCUGUGGCUGACACCUUCUUCUACCUCAGCUCUGUCAUCAACCCUUUCCUUUAUAACCUGUCCUCCAGACAGUUCAGGGAGGUCUUUGUCCAGGUCCUUCGUUGCCACCUCACCAUCGAACACGUGAACAAGCGCACCUUGCAGAAGACCAACGCUGCCUCAGCGCGCUCCCUCCGGCCCCUGCUGAUAAAGUCGUUUCGUCGAAGCAGCGCAAAACGCACCACCCUCCCGCAGGAGAAAACUCCUCCCACUUUUACAACCUUUCAGAGUGACUCGGGAGUGGCUUCAAAUACCCAGACAUCCCUCAGCCUCAUUGAAGAGGCAGACACAGUCAAAAUAAAGACAGACGAACCGUCAGAGAGUGAAAUAUAAUGUGCUGUACAAUUUAAUGCAACACAGUAAACAGUAAAAACAAACAUGGAGGAAUUCAAGGACGCCUGUACUCUGCCGUUAGAAACAAAUAGAGAGAUAUUCCUUAUACACAGUAAACACAGUACAAAGUGUUAAGUCAGGGAUAGAUCACACUCAGCUGACACGUCGGCACAAUAAAAAGCAUAAUGGCACAACUCACAUUAAAGUGAUAGUUUGGGUUAUUUGAUGUGGGGUUGUGUGAGGUACUUAUCUAUUUACUAGAGAAGCAGCAGGA